AUGAGCUUCAAUCCAUACACUCAGAACGGGGGUACAUCUCUCGCAAUCGCAGGUGCUGACUACGCCGUCAUUGCAUCGGAUACCCGAUUAACCGAUGAGAGUGCUGGUCUUCUAUUUUCUCGGGAUUCUUCCCAUAUUUAUAACAUGUAUGUCAUGGAGUUCAAGUAUCAUCAUAAAAAAGAUAUAUCCCUAACGGCCUUGGCGAAUCUUAUUUCUGUUUCGCUGUACUCACGCCGAUUUUUCCCAUUCUAUGUGGGCACACUCUUAGCCGGGCUUGAUGAGAAUGGGGAAGGCGCCGUUUUUUCAUAUGAUCCUGUGGGCUCUUAUCAGCGUGAGCAUUACCGGGCAUCCGGUACUAGUAGUGCUAUCUUACAACCAUUUAUGGAUAGUCAGAUGCAAGGGAAGAACCUUGUAAGCAAGCCUACGAAGAUUUCAAAGGAAGCAGCAAUCAAUCUUGCCAAGGAUGUCUUCAUUAGUGCAGCCGAAAGGGACAUAUACUGUGGUGAUGCCGUCGUCGUGGAUGUUAUAACGGAAAAGGGUGUCGAACGGUUGAGCUUCCCGCUUCGACGCGAUUGA